AUGUAUUCAAAAAUUAAAGGAAAACCAUAUCAAAAAAAAUAUUUAACGAAUAGAUGCUUUUCAAAGGAUUUAGUUAUUACAUUUCCAAUGUCUGAUGAACAAAAGCUUCAAGUCAAAGACUCAAUUAAAAGAUAUAAAAAUGAAAAGGAAAAAACUAAAAAUAGUUUUGAAAAAUUUCAAUAUAUAAUUAAACCAGGUAUAAAAGAUUUUUCAAAAUGCUAUUCAUUUUUAUUGGAUGAUAAAACUUUUGUUUUAUUACCCGAUAAAUCAUUUUUUAAAAUAAACUUGGAUAACAUUCAACUAUCUCAUCUUUUUCAGUUGGUUAAAAGAGAUAAAGGUGGCCUACUUUUUAGAACAUUCAAAAGACAGCUUCUUAAUAACUAUGUGUGGUUAAGAUUAAAUUUGGUGGAUCAAAAGAAUAUUUUCGGUAAACUCAAUAACGAUGGUAGUAUGGAUUUGAUGUAUUACAACCCUACAGGGUAUUCACAUAUUUUUCACGAAGCAAAUAUUUCAAGCUGUUCAUUUAAAGGUACUGAAAGAUUUUAUAACGAUUUCAUGUAUAAAAAUAAAGAAAUAGAAGAAAAAAUCCCAUCUUUAAAUGAGUGGGGUAUAGUUACUAAGGUCACGCCAUUGGCAUCUUAUGUUUUACCAUCACUUAAAGAAAUUUGUGUAUCAGUUUUAAAAGAAAUGUUUUUAAUAGAUAGGAAAUCAAUAUUAGAAAUAAUUAAAAACUUACCAAAAAUCAUUUUAAACGAUUUUAUAAACAACUGUAUGGAUGAUGAAAAACCAGUUGGUCAAGAGAUCGUCUUCGAAUUAUUUAAAUAUUAUUCAAAUUUAAAAGAUAAUUGUAAUUAUAGCAUUGAAGAGCUUUUCCCAUUAGAUAAAUUAUUAAAAAGUGGAAUCAAUAGAGAGGAGUGGUUUAGAUACAACUAUAGCAAAGGUGUUCCUCAAGAUUUAUUCUAUCCGCAUUAUAACGAAAGUUUUGCAAUCAAUGUAUAUGAAAAUUAUAAUCUAUUCAAGAACAGAAAAGUACCAGCUGACUUAGAACAUCAAAUAUUAUUUAAAUCAAAACUAAAAGACCGCGAGGAGACUAUAGAAAGCUUUGAUGGACACUCAAUUGUAGAUAAAGAAACCUUCUUAAAGAAUUUCCAUCGGUUUACAAAUAACAUGUUUCAAGAUUUAUCAAAAAUUCCAAAAGGAGUUGUGUUCAUUGGUGGUUGUAUUACCUAUUGCCUUUCUAACAAUGCUGAUCAACUUGAAGAAGCAUAUAAAUAUUCAGAUAUAGAUGUGUGCUACAUUGGCAAUGACUUUGGUGAAAGAUUAAGCAGUAUUACAGCCUUUGAAGAGAAUUAUUUUGGGGACGAUAGAGUUUAUUGCGAAAAUGAUAAUAAAAGAACAACAAUAUAUGAUUUCGAAAAAGACGAAUAUUACAAAUGUGCAUACUCAUUGACCAAACUAGGCAAACAUAUAUCAAUCUCAAAGCAUUUUCCAUAUAGACACGUUCAAAUCAACACCAAUUGUUAUCGUUCAAUCGAAGAAGUACUGAUGGGUGUGGACAUUGAUGCCUCUUGCUUUUUAUUUGAUGGUCAGAAUCUUUUUUGUUUAGAAAGAAGUAUGCUCUCUGUAAACUAUAAAAUGAACAUUGCAUCAAAUCACUCUUAUUUAGUUAGGGAAGGACCACAAUACCAAACUCGUUUACUCAAAUAUUUAGAUCGUGGCUUUGACAUUUUUUACAUAUCAUCAGAAAAAAUCAACGAAAUUGUAAAUAGUAAAUUUAAUCCAAGUUCAAAUAAAGUUGGCUUUUCAUUACUAUACUCUGCAAAACUAUCAAACAAAGUUUAUCGAUCCUUAACCGAAACAGAAAUAAUUGACCUUAAUCAACCAUAUGGUAAAGAAUGGAAUCAAGUCAAAUAUGAAACCUAUAUAGAUAAAACAAUUAAUUCGUUGUUUGAUGGUUAUGGUUCUGAAAAAUCAGUUAGGAAUAUAAUAGAAAGUAUAGGUGAAGGACUAUACGAGUUUGAAUCUGAUAUUUAUAAUUAUAAAUAUAAUACAUGGGAAACUGACUACAAUCCAAUAGAAAUAAUAUAUGCUGCAAGGGUAGAACCUACUGACUCUUAUAACUAUUAUCAACUAAAAAAGAACUAUCUAGAUGUACUUCAUAAUUAA